AAUUCUCACCGAACGGGAACGCACGGGAAACGUCGCAUGAAAUUUUGAAGACGAAGAAGAGUCCGUUAGGCCUGUCCUGAUAAAUAAUGGAUGAUGACAGUGGUGCAGAAGAGGAGCAAUUACAGCAAGAUAUUCUUCAAAUAAAUCAACUCCUUGGAGAUGAUGAGGAUGAAGGAGACGACAGUGACAUUGGUUUAGAGAUUGAUGACAGGCACGACGGGAAAAGACACACCUGCCUAACACUAAAAAGAAAGGAAGAGUCACAGUCAAAUGAUAUCAAUGUUAACCAGAAGCCAUGUGAAGAGGAUGCAGAUUUUGCAGAGACAUCAGAGAAAUGCUCUGUCCAACAGUUGUUAUUGAUUAAUCAGGAAAGCCAAAGGAAUCUAGAAGACUUGUUGAUUAAAGUACGAGAAGAACUUGCAAGAAAUAUAGCAGAACAGGCAAAAGUUUCUGCUAAUCCAAGUGAUAUUGAUGAGAAGAACAUUGACCUGAAUAUCCAACGAUUCUUCAGAAAUUAUUUUGAAGAUAACAGUGGAAGGACACCUCCUUACAAUGAUGAAACGAAACAAAAGAAGGAAGCCAACAUGCCUAAUCCCUUUGAUGUUCCACGGUCGAAGUGGAAGAAUCAGCAAAAUAAACAAUUAAUUGAAGGCAUAAAGACAGAUGGUCUCAAACGAAAAAUGCAGCCACUCUUGAAUCGUCAAGAGGUUCUAGAAGCAAAGAUGGAUCGAUUGAGCCUCCCAAAGGAUCUAGAGAAAGUCUAUGAAGAAAUGAAAGAGAUCAAGCAGAAAUUGGCAGAUAUGGAGAAAGUUCCUGACUCCGAGCUGCUGGGAGAUCGAUUGCAAGAUGCUGACUGGGAGUUUAUUGCUAAUGUUGAUUUGGAUGGUGAGCGUACAGGGGAAGAAUGUCGGCUUCAUUGGCAGAAUCAUUUACAUCCAUCCAUCAAUCAUGAACCAUGGACUGAAACACAGAAGAAAGACUUGAUUAAGGUUGCUGCUGAGCAUGAAUACAGAGACUGGGAACAGAUAGCUGAGAAGCUAGAGACAGGAAGGACAGCUUUUCAGUGUUUGUGGAUGUUCCAACAGCUGGAUAAAACCUUCAUUCAACCGAUAUUUACCAAAGCAGAUGAUGAGCUGCUUCUUGAGUUAGUUCAAAGGUUCAGAAUUGGCAAAAAACACAUUCCAUAUGCAAAAGUGGCUUACUUUAUGGAGGGUAAAGCAGCUCAUCAGGUUGCACGUCGAUGGGUGAAAACUGUUAAUCCAUCCAUCAAGUCAGGAAGAUUUAGUGAUGAAGAGAAAAAGAAAUUGGUUGAGUUGGUUAAUCGUUAUGGAGCCAAGAACUGGUCUCGUUUGGCAGAAGAAUUUCCAGGAAGGACACAGUAUCAAAUCAGAUUCAGAUGGGCAAACAUUGACAAUCCAAGCAUCAAGACUGGCAGAUGGGAUUAUGAGGAAACUGUUGCAUUCAUCAAGAAAAUACAAGAAUUUGGAGUUGGUAAAUGGUCUCAAAUUGCAGAAGCUCUGAAGGUGCCAGGAGAGAAGAACCGAACACCAUUUUACCUUCUCCACCGCUUCAAAGUUGUGUGCAAGCAGUACGUUAUCUGGAAAUCUACAACUCAUGCUGAAGGUGACCAUAAAAUUGAAGAGGAGGAUGUUUACAGUGGAAGAUUUCUGCCUGAUCUGUUGUCUUUCUUGGAAAUGAAAGAGAAAAUGGAAGAGGAAAGCAAAAAGCAAAAAGCUAAACCAGUGCCUACUGUGAAAAAGCGCCUAGAUACCAAGAGGAAACGAAGGAAAAGACCAAGACUAAAUGACUUUGAUACAGAUGAAGAAGAUGACGACGAUGACCAAGUUGAUACCAGUUGUGAGCCUCCUUGCCUAACAGCAAGACAGAAAGCUUUGGCACUGAAAAAGGGCAAAUCUGUAUCAGAGUCAACCACAAAGAGAAGAGGAGAAGCUAAAAAUGAUGGUGUCAUGAGACAAAGGCCAAGACGUAAAACUGUAAAAGACAUGGCCAGCAAAGAGCAAAAAUCCUGUACAUCAAGAGAAGAAGAUGAAGAGGAGGGGUUGCCUAGAGAUGAGGAGAUGAGUGAUGAGGUUGAGGCAGUAAUUGAAAAGAUCAGUGAAAAGCAUGAUGAGGAUAGAGCAUCUCGUGUUGACAAUCCUUUAAGUAUAUCAGGGCCUAGAGGCUUAACAGGAUGGUUGAAAAGACUCCAAGAAGACACUGCAAGACUGGCUGCUCAAUCUAAUGCUCAAUUGGAGCAAAAGAAACAAGAACAACAGUUGGCACAGCAACGGGCAAACUUUAAAGAACAGGAGAACUCUACAUUUGAUGUGGAAACCAGCGUGAGAUUAAUUGAUUUGAGGCGGCGUAGAGGGCGCAAGCAAAUGACACCAGUUGAUCAUCAACUCAUCAAAGCAGUGGAUCCCAUGUGGUUGUGUCGUAAUGGAAACUCUGGUCGUCACACAAAACAUAGUGUCAGAGCACAAGAACGUACAAAACAAGAGAAGCUGUGUCGGGCUGAUCAGAGAGCAAUGUUUGGAUUACUCCAAGAGGUGUUUGAUAUUGAUGUGGACUACUUAUCAGCACUUGCUAGACAAAAACUUGUGAUGUCCAGGAAACCUGACAAGAAAGAAAAACAGAAUGCCGAAAGUCAGAAAUCUCAGGAAGAAUCUAGAGUAACAGGGAACCUUCAUGUAUCAAACAGCAGUCAGCUUGGCGUGACACCAACCAAUCCAGCAGUAUGCCAUCAAAGUCCCAAUACUGGUUUCGAAGGAAUGUCUGCAAGUUCUCAAAGAUUGAUUGGGGACCCACAAACUCCGAUAACUCACUCUCAGGGAGUGACUGCUAGAUCCCCAAACUUGCUUGUUGGCCAACAAACAAUGAUUGCUGUCUCUCAAGGAGUGACUCAGUACCCUCAAAGAUUGAGGGCUGGCCUUCAGACAGAGAUAACUGGGCCCCAGAGAGUGGCAGCUAAUUCUCAAGGAGUGACAGAUGGCAAUCAAGGAAUGCUUGCUCAGCUUCAAACAUUUAUACCUGGAACACAAGGCAUCACAUUUGGCCCUCAAGGGCUAAUGGCUGGCUUCCAGGCAUUGAGCACUAGACAUCAAGGAGUGACAAGACAGCCUGUAGUAAUGAUUGUACCUCAAGGAAAGACAACCUGCCCCAAUAUAUUGAUGACUAACCCACAAGGAGUGAUCUCAAGUCCCCAGACAUUAUUUCUUAGCCCGCAAACACUGAUUAGUGGCCCUCAGAUACGGGCCCCUCAUCCACAAGGAUUGGCUGAUGCCCAACAAGGAAUGAUCUCAAGUCCUCAGACAGUAUUCUUUGGCUCUCAAACACAGAUCAGUGGCCCUCAAAUAAAGGCAACUCAUCAACAAGGAUUGACUAAUGUCCCACGAGGAGUGGCUGCUGUUUUACAGGGAACCACGUGCCCUCAAACAAUCCUUCAACAUGUUACCCCUAGUACCAGGCGACAAAGUGAUAUCUUAAACUCCCAAAUGAUGACCACCUGUCCUCAAGCAAUGGCUGCCAGGACACAAAAUGUAACUUCUUGCCCACAAGUUGUGACUGUCAACCCACAAGGUGUGAUCUUCAACCCACUAAGUGUAACUACCAACCCACAAGGUGUGACCAUCAACCCACAAAGUGUAAUCACAAACCCACAAAGUAUAACUACCAACCCACGAGGUGUGACUGUCAACCCACAAGAAGUGACCAUCAACCAGCAAGGAACAGCUUCUAGCCCACAAGAUGUAAUCACAAGCUCACAAAGAACGAUCAUUGGACUACAAAGAAUGACCGCUAUUGUGACCUCUGUCCCACAAACAGUGACCGUCAGCUCACAGGUAGUAACUUCCGGCCCACAGCCAACUGUCUCAGCUUCCUCGGGUUCUGUAGAAUCUGCAGCAUUUGUUGAAUUGUCAAAAGAUGACAUAUCCAAAAGAGUUCUUACCUUUGAUAAGUCCAAAUCUUCCCAAGAGGGUAAAGUUGGAGGUAUAUCUUGCCCACUCUCAGCUUCUGUCAAGGAAGUUGAAAAUAAACAGGUGAGUAAAGUGUCAAGCCAGUGUGAAAAUGGAGUAGAACAAGAAGUUGAGGGACAAAGACCUGGGCAAAUUAAAUCUGGAAAGAAACACGCAGGAGGUUUUCAAGCUACAUCCUUGGAUCCAUCUUGGUGUUCCAGUCCUGGCAAAAUGAGAAAUAAAAGAAAAAAACGACUACAGCGGAAGAAACACACCAAGGACAUACCGCUCCUUCCACCAAAUAUUGCUGCGCUUCAAGCUUUAGCAUCACUGCUGCAUGACCGUCCGAAUCUUGAAAAUCAACGUAAGCAUUUCAUUGCCAAAUUUGAAAGGCAGCUGCAAAGGCAGGGAGGGAGAAUUUGCUUCAGAGGUUAUCUGGAGGGUCAAAAUGCUGCACGAGCAGAGAAGAGUCCAUCCAAAAAAUCAUCCACCCCUCAGCGAUUAGAUCCAAAUUGCAGUAUUACCCAAGAUAGUGACUCGGAUGUGUCAUCACUGCUAACAUCAUCUGACAGCUCUAUUCCAUCGUACUCAAGCAGUCCAGGAGAUAAAACUUCCCAACUAAAUGUCUCGUCUCAGUUGCUUGAAGACUGUCUAGAUACCUUACGGAAGUCAGAUAUGUAUCAGGUUCUUCAGAAACGAUUUCUGUCAUUGUUUCUCUGGCCAGGACUUCUGUCUUCAACUCGAAUAAAAGGCAGCCUCAGCACCAGCACUCAGAGCUGUUAUGUUACGAAGCAGCCAUUUGUGUAUCAAGAGAUAAAAAAGCGGUGUACCUCUUCAAAUCCAAACCAACCAGUCAAUAAUUUUCCCACUCCCAAACGAGCUGAUUUGAAAGAACAUACUAACAAGUCACCUAGAAAAAAAGCUGACAAGACUGCCACUGCGUCUCAGGAAAUGACAGCUCUUGGAGUUUCUCCUCAAGACACCUCUACAGUGUUUACUAACCCAGGAAACCAGAACGAAACUCAAGAUGUUAAUGACCAUGGUUACUCUGAUAGAACAGGAGUUAACAGGAUACAGGAUUUGCAGACAGCCACUUGUUGCCAUGGAAAUGAAGAGGUAGCAGAUGUCAUAGUUUUGUCAAGAGGACAAAAGAGGAAAAGCGGAGAUGCACCCGAAUCCUCGUGUAGUCAUCUUAGUGAGCAGUUAAAAAAUGAAAGACAAUGUGAUGCUACAAACUCCUCAACAUGUAAAAGAAGGAAAGCUAUGGAAUGUGCCUGUGAAGAUGGAGCAUCCCAGAAAGCACCUUGAAAAACUGUCACAUACUGAGAGGAAUCUGUGUGCUGAAGCAGGUACAAAUGUGUGUCAGUUGCAAAAUGGAUUCUUAAUGGUUGAAUGAGAAUUAAACAAUGCAGAGAGGCAAAGGAGGCUAUUCAUUGCCCCUACUUUUGAUUAAUAAGUGAAAUUGGUCAAAUAUUAGAUUUAUGAAAAGUCCUGUUAGUUUUAGCUCACUUAUUGGGUAUGGUAUGUUAUCGUAUAUCAAAACUACAUGAAAACAAAAAUGCUUAAAACUCUUUUUUUUGGAGGCAUUAAAUUCUCGAUGGAGCUGGCAUGAAUGUUGGUAACUACAUGUAUGUAUUGGCACAUGUAAUAAUUGUAAUACCGAAAGUGUGCGGGGUACAAACUCUUGAUGCAUUGCAUUCUUUUACAUGCAUUCUUGCUACUUGACAUGCACACACAUUCAUGUCUCCUGCAGACUUGAUAAUGAUCUUAUUUCCACUUAUACAUAUCAGGCUACAGACAUUGUGGCAGGUGUAGGACUCGUUGAUAAAACACAUCUGGAUACUGCCGCAUGAUUAAACUGUCUUCUUGUAAAGUUUAGAAUUUUCUACAUUUUUUGACUUCUUACAUCUAUGUGACUCCUUAGUUUUCAAGUUACUGAAUACGUUUCUCCACUUCAAAACAAUAUGUUUUAUGAAUAAAGUCAGGAGUGCAAUUGCAGUACUUGUACAUCAUACAGUAGUGCCCUUAAAGGUGACAGACUUACACGUACACAUUGUACUGUUCAUGAAUAAUUUAAGCACCCUCUGUGACCAAAUAGAUUAAGACAUGCAUUUGCAGGUUGAAAUACAUUGUAUCUUUAAUGUAAUUUUCUUUAAGAUGACAAUGGUAUCUACAUGUGUCAUUUGUCAAAGUACAUGUACAUGUAUAUUUUUCUUCAGUUGGUAUCCUUGGGGCAAAAAUGGUCAUCCUUCUUUGGGUUUUGAAUAUUACAUGUAUGUACUAGGAAACAUUUCAGGAAAGGUAAGUUUUGUCUGUGUCAUCCAUGUCCUUUCUUGCCAACUUUUCCUAUCACAUAGAAGUUUUUUGACAAACACAUGAAUUUGAAACACUGCCUGUCUUGAAGGUGUAAGAAUUGGCAGUACCUUGUUUUUUUGUAAGCAUCCAAUUUAGAAUAUUUUUGGUUUAUGCCGAGGUCAAGAGAUACAUUAAGCCAAAGAAGUAAUGGAGUAUACGUACAUGUAGGUUUUCCUGGACAAUUUUGGAAUCUCUGUUCAUGAUUUAAUAACAGAAGCUCUUGCUUUCUCUUUAACAAAUGAAUAAUUCCUUUUCCAUGGCCAUUCCAGAGUAAGAAAAAAAUAUCAUUUUCCUGAAUGUGUAUCAAAUUAAUUAUAUUGACAGUUUACUUUUGCUUGAAACGAAAGACACACAACGAUUCCGUAUUUCCUUUUAACUCUUCAGCUAAUUUCACUUGAAGUUACACGUAUUUAACGUAUGUGUGUUCAAGUAUUGGAUUUCAUUUAUGUGUAAAUAAAAAUAACAUUUGGAGUGUUUGAAAGAUUAAAUGUGUUUAUAUUUAUGAUGACUGAUGAACUAAACCAAGUAGUCCUUGGAAGCAUACCAACUGUUGUAAUAAGCUCUUAAAACCUACCCUUCUUUGGUAUUCAUUAGCCACGAUUGCAUCAUAAAUGUAUUGUCAAGUGUCACAGUUGGAAUAAUAUUGGCUGCAAAAGAAGAUUGGUUUUUAUUUUGGUCAGAUGUAUACAUUAAUUACAUUUCAUUUGCCUGUGUUUCACAUACAUUUAGGCCUUUGAGUAUGUCAGUACAAACAUCAUAGUGAUUAAUUAAUAAAUGAAUCAAUCAGAGUUGUAUCAUGAUUUCUGUAGGCAUGUAAACUUUAUUCAAAUUGCAAAAUAUGCAAAUUUAAAUGGAAUGUUUAACAAAUGAAAAAGGAAAGGUCUGUUCAGCCUGUGUCACAAUACAAAACUGAUUUCUGCAAAAUGGAUUGCAUGGUUGUAAUAACACGUCCAUCAAACCAAAAGCCUUAUAUAAACUGUAUUUGUAAUUCUUUAAAAGGAAUGUUAUACACACUCACUAAUUUGAAUGAUGCAAAAUGAAAGUGAAUGCUAGUUAUUGCACAAAUGAAACCAGGAUUUAUGUAGUUUUCAAAUUCAAAUGUAAAGUUGCUUGGGAAAACCUAUCGUUAGAAAAAGAAAAAAAUAAUAAAAUAAGACCUUUAAUUUGGUCCAAGAAACAACCUUUUCUGAUA